AUGCUUAAUUUUCAGGUUUUUCUCUUUUGUGCAGUUCUCAUAGCCUUAUUGAUUGCUUAUCAAUUUAGCUUCAGUUUUUGCAAGCAUGUCGAUGUAGAAGAAAAUUACAGCAGAGGAAAUAAUUUCCGUGUUAUUACAUCGGUAACGGAGAAUGAAGAAGAGGAAUCAUUUGGUGACUUUGAUCGUCCGAAUAGUCGGAUCUUCACUGGAUUAUCACGUAUUCGACGAUUUGAAAGGGAUAAGCGAACCGUUGACUGGGUUCGAGAUGCCCGAAAAAUUUGUCGUCAACUGAUGAGGCCAAAUAGUUUGCUAAAAUCAAGCGAAAACGGUGAUCAUCGAUUUUUAACUCGACGAAAAACAGUGACGGGACGACGAGAUUCUAAUGUUGGUCCCUUCCAACUUGCUCGCGCUGCUAAAGACUUCAUUGUCCAUGGUACUUCAACGAAAUUCCAGCGACAGCUUUCAGAAAUGACUAAUACAACUUUACCUAAGCCUCCUUCACAAUUUUUUGAACCAUCAGAAGUUCCACAUGUCCCUCAAAACGAGAAGCCAGAAGUUUACUAUGUUAUGCAUAAUCUUAAGAUGUUGGAAUUACCAUCAGAGUGGUAUAUCCAGUGGAAGGAUAUAGUAGUGGAGGAGUAUAAAGAAAAUGAUUAUCUUAUUAGACCUGGUGAUAAAGAUAAUCAUAUUAUCGUUGUUUUGGAAGGGUUAAUCGCUGUAUUUAUAAAACAUUCGGAAGGAAAAGAUUUAAUGGUACGAAAAAUCACUGUAGGUGACAGCUUCUUCAGUCUUUUAUCAAUGCUGGAUGUUCUAAUGAACAAUGAAACAACUUUUCGGAAUAUAUCAGUGAGAGCAUUGACCUCAAGCAGAGUUGUUAGAUGUAGCAUGUGUAGUUUUCGAAAUUCAUUUCUCGGAAAUCCGAAACUUUGGGUUCGUCCAAUUCAAAUUGUUCUCACGCGGUUAUUGCAUGUUACUUUGACAACGCUUCAUCAGUAUCUUGGAUUAAGUACAGAAUUGGCGAAAAGACGUUUGGAAGAGAAACGUAAUAUUGAUGAGCGUCAUCGAAAUGCUCCUGUAAAUAAUAAUGCAAUCCGACUUCAAAACAAAGUAGGACGACCACGUUUGCAUCGCCUAAAUAGCGUUGAUGAUGCAAAAGAAUAUAUGGCAACAGCACUGCGAUGGUUCGCUGAGGCAUUAUUUUUAGGGUCUAAUCCUGAAGCAGUAUCACUGCUUGCUGGUCGUGUAAUGAUUGAAAAUGUUCCCGAAAAACACCUUAUUGUUGAACAGAAUUCUGAAGACGAAUUAUUAAUUUUAAUUCUGAGUGGUCUGCUGACGAUUUCACAGGAACCGAUUGACGGUGAAGACGAAUAUGCAGAUGAAGAAAACAUCUUCAUAUAUCCUCGUGAAUUGGUUGGUGGAUUACAAUUACUUACUGGUGAGCCUUGGUUUGUGACUGUUCGAUCUCAUACACCUGCCACGUACGCAGUGAUCUCCAAAAAAGAUUUCUUUGAAUUGGCUGAUCUUCAUCCAGAAAUCAUAUUGCCAGUCGCACAUUCAGUGAUACGACGAUUAAGUCCUUUUGUUCGCAAUGUUGACUUUGCAGUCGAUUGGGUAUUACUUGAUUCUGGACAAGCUGUGAGCGGGGACUUAGCUGAUUCAAUAUUUGUGGUAUUAAGUGGGCGACUUCGAUCUGUGGAAAACAAGAGAAUAAUUGAUGAAUUUGGACGAGGUGAUGUUUUAGGAAUGAUAGAGGUUUUACAGCGAGUUCCGCGUUCCACAACUGUACUUGCAAUUCGUUUCUCACAGUUGGCCCGACUUCCCGAAGGACUUCUGAAUUUCGUCAAAAUAAAAUAUCCUCAGGUCGGAUUUCGUCUCGUUCACUUGUUGGGUCAGUAUUAUUCUUCUUCGAUACAGCGUACACCCACAUUUGCCGGGGCGUAUAAAGAUGGUCUUUCAAUGACAACUGGUGACCCGCAAAGUCAUAUCAAAAAUCUACAUACCAUUGCCGUGGCAGCUGCAAGUUCAGAUGUUCCACUAGUUGCAUUUACGUGUGAACUCUAUCAUGCGCUGACUGCAAAUUUACGAGUUUUGCGAUUAAGCAGUAAAAAAAUCGCAGAACAGCUGGAUUCUAGUAUCCUGGAGAAGUUUUUAACAGAUGAAACCAGCAAUGGGCAAGCAGAUUUCCGUCUUAUGCAUUGGCUUAAUUUACAAGAAGAUACGUAUCCACUGAUCAUUUAUGAAUGUGAUGCAAGUGCUACAAGUUGGACACGACGCUGUCUUCGGCAGGCAGAUGCUAUAUUGUUCGUCGCUAAUGGUGAGCAGAAACCAUCAGAGCAGUCUCUUAUGGAUGACUAUUUAAAUAUGAGAAAAGAUGGUAUCCGGACAAAUAAAGAGUUGAUUCUUCUUUGGGAUGAAAGAACGGUCGAACCACGAGGAACGAUUGAAUGGUUGAAAGGUAGUUGGUUUUCUGGUCAUCAUCAUAUUCGCAUUCCUAAACGAAUGGUACAGUGGGAUUUAGAAAAGGUGUCUGAAUCUGACAUAGUAUCUUAUUAUGAACAAAAUGUAUAUGGGGGAAAAGUUGAAAGUGGUUCUGACUUUUCAAGAUUGGCUCGAAUACUGACUGGAAAUGCUAUUGGUGUUGUUCUUGGCGGUGGUGGCGCAAGAGGUGCAGCUCAUGUUGGUGUACUACGUGCAAUACAUGAACAUGGUAUACCGAUAGAUAUGAUUGGUGGAACAUCGAUCGGAUCUAUGAUUAGUGGUUUAUAUGCUCAAACGCAUGAAGAUGUAGAACAAAGAGCACAUAGCUGGUUUAUGAUGAUGGCUUCCAUUUGGCCAAAAAUAUGGGACUUAACUUAUGCUCAUUCCGCAAUGUUCACUGGUGCCGGUUUUAACCAUGGGCUUCAAGAUUUGUUCUCAGAUUCGCUAAUCGAAGAUUUGUGGAUACCUUAUUUCUGUAUCAGCACUGACAUAAGUAGCUCGGAAAUGCGUGUCCAUCGCACUGGUCCGUUAUGGGCUUAUUGUCGAGCUUCGAUGUCACUGGCUGGUUACCUUCCUCCAUUAUGUGAUCCAGUUGAUGGUCAUUUGCUGCUAGAUGGCGGUUAUGUCAACAAUUUACCAGCGGAUGUUAUGCAGUCUAUAGGAGCCAAAAUUGUGAUCGCAGUAGAUGUUGGUUCUGCAGCUGAAACAAAUUUGUAUAAUUACGGUGACUCGUUAAGCGGAUUUUGGGUGUUAUUGAAAAAGUUGAAUCCAUUUGCUAAACCUAUCAAAGUUCUGAAUAUGGAGGAAAUACAGAGUCGACUGGCGUAUGUAUCGUGUGUGCAACAACUCCAGAUAGUUAAAAAUGCAGGGUACUGUCAGUAUGUGCGACCACCUGUUGAGGAGUUUAAAACCUUAGAUUUUCAUAAGUACGAUGAAAUACGCAACCUUGGAUAUAAACAUGGUGUGAAAGAAUUUAGUGAAUUAGUGAAAACAAAUGAAGAUCUGAAGAGCGUUAUCGAUGCCGAAAAAUUACGCUCACUGAAACGUCGUUACUGGCAUCGAGAACCAUCAAAAUUACUGACUUAUGACCAUGGUCGUGCAUCGUCAUUCACAAAUUUGGCUGCCCAGGUUUCUAGAGUUCCCAAAGUGCGUGAAAAAAACAGCAUGAAUGGUGAAGUAGUAGAAGAUGAAACAUCAGAUGCUUGGUGGAUAGAUGAUGAAGAAGAAGACGAAGAAGGAAGGGAACGAGAUGUGGAAUCACAAAUUACUUACUGCACUGAAGAUGUGGAAUCAAUUGAAGCAGGUUACAUCAGUGAGCCAUGUACUACUUAUCGAAGUAGAUAUGCAUUCAGCAGUGAAGAUGAUGAAAGUGCUGACAGAGAUAGUACUAGUGAAAUUAUGCGGAAAAGAGAAAUUACACUUUGUGUUGUGAAUCAGAAAGAUGAAGAAGUUUGUGAGUUUUCUCACAGAACACCGACAGUACGUUUUGAAGCGAUAAAAAAUGAAAAAUCUUGUGAAAUUUCUGAAGCAACCAUUAACUCUAAUGGAUGCAAUAAUAGUAAUAAUAAUAAUAAUACAAAGAAUGAAAGUAGUAAUACACUGUAUUAG